AUGCUGAAGACGACGAGGACGACGAGUAUGCUGACGAUUGCCCUGAACACGCUCUUGCAACCAGGAUGCCGCCGUCUCGCCCGGUCGAUAACUACCGUCCGACCUCCCCCUCGCGGUCCACGCGCGCAUCUCCGUUCCCCAGGCUUCGUCUCCCCAUCACCCUCCCCAUCCUUCCCAGCAUCCCCUCCCCAGCCCAAACGCCGUCCCCGUUUCUCGCGAAACACCCCCCCUCCCCUUCCCUCCAGCCGCCGCUCUCUCCUCGGGCGUGACCCCCGCUCGAUCCUAGUAACAUUCCGCUCCAUCUGGCCGAACGUGACUGUCUUCCCCCUCUGGGGCCCUGGACUCCCUGACACCGACUCGGGCCUGCCCUUCUCCCUCGACUUGCAUAAGCCGCAACGGGUGGGCGAGUCUGGGUACCUUAUGCGCGGAGUGCUCGACGCGGGGUCGUACAAGAUUCGCGCGUUUGUCAAGGCUGCGGAUACCAGGGCGGGGGAUGCAGUUGGGCUGGCGCAUAAGGCUGCGCUGGAGCGGGAGGCGGAGGUGUAUGAGAGACUGAAGAGGGAGGACGAGACGCUCUGGGGGAACGUGGUGCCCUACCCUUAUGGGCUUUACGCGGGAGAGGGGUUCAUGUUGUUCAUCAUGUCCUAUAUCGGGCAGCCCCUUUCCCAUCUGCAGAAGAGCCAAGAGGAGAGCGUGAGACUGCUUGUGGAGAAACUGCAUGCGUGGGAUGUGGUCCAUGGGGAUGUGAGGCCGCAUCAUGUGAUACAGGAAAAGAAGGGACCGGUGAGGCUUGUGGAUUUGCAUAAGGCGAAGGGGCAUGGGGAGGUUCUUGUGGGUGAGGAGAAGGACACUGCGAGUGUGGAAGAGGGAAGGAAGGAGAUACAGGAGAUGCAGGGCGAGCCUACGGGGGGGGAUACCCUUAUCACCACUACCCCGAACUCAGAUUCAACCCCAGCCACGGAAAACGCAUCUCCCAACCAGCCCAAUCCUACCCCUCUUCCGCCAGCACCAGAUUCGACGCCCGCUCCACCCUCAAAAUCCUGCCCCGGCCCUCUCUGUCCCGAACUACAGGACCUCGGCCCCCACCUGCGAAAGCGCGACCUCACCCCCCUCCCCGGUCGGGCCGCCAAACACCAAAAGAAGGUCAAGCUAGACAAAGAGGAGAAGGUGCGGCUCAACGCUGCCAAGGCGGAGAAGAAAGCGCGGGACGAGGAGGAGUCUAGGAUCGCCCGGCUUGAGUGGGCGAUGGAGAAGGAACGGAGGGCGCUGGUUAGGACGUUCAGGGUGAAGAAGAACGGGGAGGGAGAGGUGUGGGAGCCGAGUUGGGGUGAUCGGGUGAAUUCACGUUCUUGA